AUGGAAGACUCGAUUGAUCUGAUGACGUGUCAUCACCGCGUCGACGGUGGUGGAGCUCCUCAUCGACGACGCCAACGUCUCCCAUUCUAUGGAAAAAGUUCGGUUGUAGUACCGAAAUGGCUCUUACAGGAAAAUUGUGGGCCGUGCCGUUACUGUGUUGGUCUUGAUGGGUAUCCUGAACCUUAUUUCUGUGUUCUUACUCCAACGGAGAUUCCGUGUUACAUCAGGAUUGAGUUUUUUCCGUCUAUCGCGGAGGAUUGUAAAGUUGAGACAACGACUGAGUCAUCUUCAACUCCAACUUCUACUACUGAACAUGAGACAUCGGUGGUUCAGUGGUAG